CAGGUCUGCAACGUCAUGGAGCCCAACCAGAACAACUGGCUGCAGACGGGCUGGAUCGCCAGGCGUGACGGCCAGAGGAUCUUCAUUGAGCUGAAGUUCACCCUGCGGGACUGCAACAGCAUCCCUGGCGUGACGAGCAGCUGCAAGGAGACUUUCAACCUGUACUACGUGGAGUCUGACUCCGACCUGGGCCGCAGCGUCCGUGAGGGCAAGCACACCAAGAUCGACACCAUCGCUGCCGACGAGAGCUUCACGCAGGGAGACCUGGGCGAGCGCAAGAUGAAGCUGAACACUGAGCUCAGGGAGAUUGGGCACCUGAGCAAGAGAGGCUUCCACCUGGGCUUCCAGGACGUGGGCGCCUGCGUGGCGCUGGUCUCCGUGCGGGUUUAUUACAAGAAGUGUCUGAGCACCGUGCAGAACUUGGCCACGUUCCCAGACACGGUGGCAGAGACGGCCUUUGUGACGCUGGUGGAGGUUAAGGGCACUUGUGUUGCCCAUGCUGAGGUGGACGUGGAUAACCCCCCUCGGAUGCACUGCAGCGCAGAGGGCGAGUGGCUGGUGCCCGUAGGGAAAUGCAUGUGCAGCCCUGGCUUUGAGGAGAAGGACGGGGCAUGCAGAGCUUGCCUUCCAGGGUUUUACAAGCUCUCCCUCCGUCUCCCUCUCUGUUCUCCAUGCCCUGAGCACAGCUUCACACCUGAGGAAGCCUCCACGUUCUGUUUGUGCCAGACAAAUUACUCCAGGUCUCCUUCAGACCCACCAUCUGCCUCCUGCACACGCCCACCCUCUGCCCCGAGGAACCUGGUGUACAGCCUGCGCCAGUCCUCCCUGGUGCUGCAGUGGAGCGCCCCGGCCGACGCGGGCGGCCGCAGCGACCUCACCUACAGCCUGUGGUGUGGCCGGUGCCCCGCGGUGCCAGCGGGGCGCUGCCAGCAGUGUGGCAGCAGCGUGGGCUUCGUGCCGCAGCAGACGGGGCUGGUGGGGCGCACGGUCACCCUGGUGAACCUGCUGCCUCACGCCAACUACACCAUCCGCGUGCUGGCCCUCAACGGCGUCUCGGCCGUCAGCCCGCUGGCCGGCCAGCAGUACGCCGAGGUCAACGUGUCCACGGGCCCUGCAGUGCCAACUCCUGUCACUGACAUCCGCACAGACAAAGUGGAGCAGAAGAGUGUCUCCCUGUCCUGGCAGGAGCCAGGCUUCCUGACUGCCAAUGGCACUGAGUACGAGAUCAAGUACUUUGAGAAGGAUCAGAGAGAUCAAAGUUACUCAACUGUGAAAACCACAUCAACAGCCGUGACAGUCAAUAACCUGAAGCCUGGAACCCUCUACAUUUUCCAAAUCCGAACAUCUUCCUCUCCAGACUAUGGGAACUUCAACCCUGGCAUUGAAGUGGAGACAUUGGCAGAGUUGACAGUGGCCUCCAGUGAGCAGAACCCCGUCCUCAUCAUCGCCGUGGUGGCCAUCGUGGGGCUGACAGUGCUGCUGUCCCUGGUGGUCGGUGUGAUGGUCUGGAGGAGGCAGUGUGGGUACAGCAAAGCCAGCCAGGAUGGGGACGAGGAGCUGUACUUCCACUUUAAAAUACCAACCAGGAGGACAUACAUUGACCCCAGCACCUGCGAAGACCCCAUGCAGGCCGUGCACCUCUUUGCCAAGGAACUGGACAAUGCCAGCAUCAAAAUUGAGAGGAUUAUCAGGACAGGAGAGUUUGGGGAGAUGUGCCGGGGGUGCCUGAAGCUGCCCAGCAAGCGCGAGCUGCCCGUGGCCGUCCGGACGCUGCGGGCCGGCUGCUCCGAGAAGCAGCAGCGCUCCUUCCUGGCCCAGGCCUGCACCAUGGGCCAGUUUGACCACUCCAACGUCAUCCGCCUGGAGGGGGUCAUCACCAGAGGGAGCACCAUGAUGAUAGUGAUGGAGUACAUGGGGAACGGCCUGCUGGACUCCUUCCUCAGAAAACACGAGGGGCAGCUGACAGGCACGCAGCUCGUCUGCAUGCUGCAGGGCAUCGCCUCUGGCAUGGCGUACUUGGCAGAGAUGGGCUACGUGCACAAAAGCCUUGCUGCCCACAAGGUCCUGGUGAGCAGCAGCCUGGCAUGCAAGAUCACAGGGUUCAGGCAGCCACAGGAAGACAAGAUGGAAACCAUCUUCUCCACCAUGCGUGGGAAGAGCCUGGUGCUGUGGUCAGCCCCUGAGGCCGUCCAGUACCACCACUUCAGUCCUGCCAGCGACGUGUGGAGCUUCGGGAUCGUCAUGUGGGAAGUCAUGUCCUACGGAGAGAGACCCUACUGGGACAUGUCCCACCAGGAUGUGAUGAAGGCUGUGGAGGAUGGGUUCCGCCUGCCUGCCCCAGCCAACUGCCAGCCUCCCCUCCACCAGCUGAUGCUCAACUGCUGGCAGAAGGACCGCAGCCAGCGGCCCAAGUUCUCGCAGAUCCACAAUGCCUUGAGCAAGUUGGUGCAGAGCCUGGAGCCCCCAAAGUGCCCCAGCUCCACGUGUCCCAGCUCUACGUGCCCCAGGUCCCAUGGCACGUCCAUCCCCCUCUCCAAGAGAACCUUCUCGGCCUUCCCGUCCUUCAGCUCCGUGGGUGAGUGGCUGGAAGCUAUAGAAAUGGGCAGAUACAAGGACAACUUCACUGCUGCAGGCUACUGCUACCUGGAGUCGGUGGCCAGGAUGACAGCCCAAGACAUCCUGAGCCUGGGCAUCACGCUGGCAGAGCACCAGAAGACCAUCCUGAGUGGGAUCCAGAGCCUGCGGGCCCAGGUGAUCCAGAUGCACGGCCGAGGCGUGCAGGUGUGA